AGGCGCAGUGGUAUGGAGCUGAGCCCCGCGCAGACUCGGACGGCGCCCGUGGAGCGGAGUGCUGCGCAAUGGCGGGCACGGGCUUGGUAGCCGGGGAGGUGGUGGUGGAUGCGCUGCCGUACUUUGAUCAAGGCUACGAGGCGCCCGGCGUGCGGGAAGCGGCUGCGGCCCUGGUGGAGGAGGAAACGCGCAGAUACCGACCUACCAAGAACUACCUGAGCUACCUGACAGCCCCCGAUUAUUCCGCCUUUGAAACUGACAUAAUGAGAAAUGAAUUUGAAAGACUGGCUGCCCGACAACCAAUCGAGUUACUCAGCAUGAAAAGAUAUGAACUUCCAGCCCCUUCCUCGGGUCAGAAAAAUGACAUUACUGCAUGGCAAGAGUGUGUAAACAAUUCCAUGGCCCAGUUAGAGCAUCAGGCAGUUCGAAUUGAGAAUCUGGAACUGAUGUCCCAGCAUGGGUGUAAUGCCUGGAAAGUGUAUAACGAAAACCUCGUUCAUAUGAUUGAACAUGCACAGAAAGAGCUUCAGAAGUUAAGGAAACAUAUUCAAGAUUUAAACUGGCAGCGAAAAAACAUGCAGCUCACAGCUGGAUCCAAAUUGAGAGAAAUGGAGUCAAAUUGGGUGUCCCUGGUAAGUAAGAACUAUGAGAUUGAGCGGACCAUCGUGCAGCUGGAGAAUGAGAUCUACCAGAUCAAGCAGCAGCAUGGGGAGGCGAACAAGGAGAACAUCCGCCAGGACUUCUGACCUGGGGCGGAGGGCAGAGGAGCGGGCUCCACAAAACCUUCGGCGUGGGCUUUCUCAGAGCAGCUGUCUGGUUAGGUUUAGAGACUGUGGACUGUGUAUACUGUUGUAUUGCUUUAUAUAUGUGUUGUAGCAAAAUAAAGAUUUUCAACAUGUGGCUAUU